GAUAGAUUAAAAUUAAUGAUAAUAACAGUAUAAAAAUCAGCGUUGCGACUGGGGAGGAAAUUCAGUGCAUUUCAAUUGCAAGAAUUUACGCCGGCAACAGGUGAACCGGCCGGCUUGCUUUAUGUAAGCCUAGGCCAGGUUCUGCCAGAAACACACAACUAAGUACAGGUUAGGUUGCUAGGGCACAACUUGCAGAUAACGGCAGGCUAUCAGGAUAUUUUUUUUUUCAACUGGAAAAUUGAUUGCGGAAAAAUCCAAGCUACACGACAUGUAUUUUUAAAGAUUCCAAGCUUUGUGCGUUUAACCUUUCUGUGGGCCAAGACGAUACGGACACCGAACCAAUUCAGACAAACAAAUGAUGAAUAUAGAAAUUUAUACGUUACCCUUCGAUCCAUUACAAGCCUUGACGGGUUCCAAUUGUUUGCGCAAACUAAAACUUUGUUAAAUUAUUCACUUAUUCCUCCAGAAAUGUUUGCUUUUCCGCUAGGGGAAUACGUUCGGUCGGAUCGGCGUCGCCCGUGCUUCGCAGCCUAGUACUUUGCGAGUAGCCGCAGUAAAAAGGCACCAACUGAAUCACGCUGACAAUAGUGACAAUCAGCGCGACUCAGUUAAACUCAACGAUUUUUACUCAUCAUGAUCAAGUAGAAAAAUUAAAAUAAAGUUGUACGUGGUCAACACUGUCCACGCGCAGAAGCGUCGUACGCGUCGUCUGCCUAGCAGCUGCCAAGAAUGGAAGGGGUGCGGGUGAUUAUACGCACGAUACCUGUUUUGGUCCUGUGGAUCAAACCUAACCACCUGUGUCACUAGUUUUUCUAGGGCUAAAUGUUGAAAGCCGUACCUGUGGCGUCUCUUGCUCUCUCGCUCUAUCGAUUUCAUUUCGCCAACGACGCCAAUCCUUUUCUCGUUUGUCCGUUCAUCGCCACAAUUUGGCCAUGGCUGAUAUAGCUGUUACCCAGGGUGUGAGGAAAGGUUCACACAUUUUCAAAGGUCCUGAUGGGCACUCUUAUUACUACAAUAAAACUAUGAAAGGAGGGAGAAUUAGUCUUGAGUGUGUGUGCAGAAAGUGGAGGAAUGUUUGGUGUCGGGGUCGUGCCAGUGUUGAUAGUAAUGGGUGCCAAUUUCGAUGCACGCAACGGCACACAUAUCACAACAAGCAGCACUUCCAGACACAGAAGUUUCGUUUUGCUGUCCUCAGUCGUUGCCGGAAAGGAGAUUUCACCUCUUUUCGGCAAAUCUAUAAUGAAGAGCGGAGAAUGAUGCCCCCUGAAAUUAUGAGGUCAGUUUGUGCAAACCUCCCAUUUGUGACCAUCCGCCCAGCAAUGGAUAGAGCCAGGCGAACCAGCCUGCCCCAUAUCCCUCGAACUCUUCCAGACUUGGCUGAGAUGCUCUCAUCUAACGAACACUCAGGUCUGGCUAACACCUUAGAUGGAGAAGAUAACAUCUUUGCUGCUAGUGGUGGUGACAGAAAUGAGGGCACUGCCUUUGUAAUUUUUGCAUCCAAAAGGAUGUUAGAUGAAUUAGCAAAGACAAAGAAGAUUUUUGCAGAUGCAACUUUCUGCACUCCUACAGGACUUGAAUGCCGGCAAAUUUGGAAUCUGGUGAAGCUAAGAAAACACCAUAUUGUUCCUAUGGUACGUGUUCUGAUGCAAAAGAAAAAUCAAACAACUUACGACCUCAUUCUUCAAAAGUUGAAAGAUUUACGACCAUCUUUUAGGCCUCGAGAAGCUAUGUGUGACUUUGAAGAUGCUCAAAUAAACGCACUCAAAGCUCAAUUCCCGGAUAUACUGAUCCAUGGCUGCUUGUUUCACUCAAGCAAGGCUAUUGCCGGGAAAGCUAAAAAAUUACGCUUAGGUAGGUUUGUAAGGCAGAAUCACUCUGCUAAUUCUGUAACAAGGUCAAUGUGUGGCCUUGCAUUCCUACCUGGCAACCAAAUUGAAUCUGGCUAUAAAAAACUUAAACGCCGUGCUGUCAGGGAGCAUGUUUACAACAGACUAAAGUCUCUUUUUGAUUAUUUUGAACAAUACUGGUUACGAAGGGCAGAUAUAUUAUCUGUCUACAAUUGUCCUGACCGUACAAACAAUGCGUGUGAGUCAGAUAACCGAACCUUGAGAGCUGCACUCAAGUUCAAGCACCCAAGUGUGUUCUGCUUGCUUAAGGGUUUUCUUGAGUUGGAAGAUGAUGCCACUCAAGAUAUUGCUGUGCUGGAUGCAGUAAAUAAAGCCAGUAGGAAGAGGCGUUCAUCAGUUCUUGCCAACGAUCAGAAGAUAAAAGACCUUCUGCAAGAACUUUCGGAAAAAAGUAUUUCAUGCACAGAUUUUUUAAGAAGGGUAUCACGUUCCAUUCAAGCUUCAUAUAAUAGAGGUUUUGGAUUUGAUGAUGAUUUUAGCUAAGAAUGUAUAAGUAGCCAUUGUAAUCCAAAACCUCUAUUAUAUGAAGCUGAAUGGAAAACUGAUCCAUGAAGCGAAAGAAGAGGAUAACUCAAUUUUCAUCAUUUUUCAGGAGAAACAAAAAACUGUUUGCAGGGUUAACUUAAAUCAGAUGAAUGAUGCAAUUGGAUUUUCGUUCAAAAACCCUAAGAAAUAACUGUGAAAAUUUUUUAAAAGUGUAGCAUCACUUUGUGGUCGCUUUUUGUGAUUUAAAUCUUUACGAUGGAAUGUUCUACAGAACCAUGUUUACUUAGUUCUCCCAAACAAGGUGGAAUUUGGAGACAAUUCAAGUGGAGCUGAGGUCUGCGUAGAGUCUAUAUUUCUCUGGUACAUUUUUGGAGUUACCUCUUUUUCCAACUAGUGAUGUGGAGUUGAGAUGAGUUAAUUCUUUUUACAUUAGUUUCAUAAAGACACAAGUUGAGUUAUCUCCUAUUGCCAUUUUGUGCAACGGAG